CUUGAGUGUGCGACUGUGCGUGUUCGUUUGUAGGAGUGACUGCUUGUAUAAAACCUCUCCAGAGAGUGCACAGAGAGCAGAGAGUGUUCGUGAGGUUCCGCUUUACUUCCCUGAAGAACCUGUAACCUCUGCGGACAUGAUGUUCCCCUGCAGCGCGCUGCCGCCUCCUCUCUACCCGGCCUUCCUGCGUCCUCCUGUGGCUCUCUCCUCGCCCCUGAACCGGUCCCUGCACUCAGGCUUACUGGUGGAAGAUCUCCUCAGAUGGAGCCAGCCUGUCAGCUACAUACAGCGGACUUUUUCUUCCAGAAGUCCCGGGGACAUUCUCCAGCUGAGCGCGGGGCAGUGCGGCCCCCCCCGGCUACGGGGGCCCGGCACAGAGCGCUGUGUGCCGCCGGCCGGCUCCCCGCAGUCCGGCGGCCCGGAGCCCGGGUACCUGAAGUUCGGCGUCAGCGCAAUACUGGCCCCGUCCACACGGAGUGUCCAGAGCGUUCAGAAGUCCUUCCCUUUGCCUUUCUUUGAUGGAAGCCUUCACCCCUUCAUCCGAGCGUCCUACUUCACAG